AAAAGAAGGGAUAAGGAAAAAUAAUAGUGGCAGACUGCGAAAAUUAGGGAGAAAUGGAGGGAGAGGAUCGGAAUCCAGAAAUUUAGGAACAGAACAGUAAGUUGAUUUCCAUGGGCGAAGGCGGGGUCGCAUCCCGUGUACUCCCUCUCACUCUGCCGGCCAAACCAUCGUUUCUUCUUCAUCUCAUUUCCAUUUCUCCGUCACUGCUACUCUCUCGCCGGUUUCUCCAUUUCGACAGUGUCAGUAGCAGCAACUUCCUCUCCUGAUCGUCAUCACCCGCUUCGUCUUUUUCAUCGUUUUUCUCUGGCAGCCAUGUCAGAGAAAGCUCUUAAAGCACUUAACACAGUGCCUGGACUGGAAGGGAGCAAUGAAAGCCCUUGUAAAGGGGAUCUUAGCAAACAAGGUCUAGUGAGUGCUAAUGGGAAUGUUGAAGAGUUGAAAAGACCUCAAGUAAAUGGUGAAAACAGUAAUCCUUGUGCUGAGGUUGGUAGUUCAGAAGUAGAAUAUAUCGAAGCUGAGAAUUUGACCGAUCUAGACGAUGUUUCAUCGAGCCUUAAGACGCUUGUAGCUGGAUUAAGCUCAAAAGAUUGGGUUUUGGUCUGUGAAGCACUGAACAAUACGAGACGGAUAGCAAUAUAUCACAGGGAAGACAUGCUUGAUAUGCUGGGAGAUGUGAUAUCACUUUUGGUGAAAUCAAUGAAAAAUCCUCGAAGUGCUGUCUGCAAAACUGCACUUAUGACAUCUGCAGACAUUUUCAGUGCUUAUAAUGACAAAAUGAUUGAAUCAUUGGACCCCAUGCUGUUGCAGCUUCUUCUGAAGUCUUCUCAAGACAAACGUUUUGUGUGUGAAGCGGCUGAGAAAGCUCUGGUAGCAAUGACUACAUCGUUUUCCCCUGAAUUGUUGCUACCAAAAUUGGAACCAUAUCUUAAGCACCGAAAUUCGAGAAUUCGAGCCAAGGCUUCAAUGUGCUUUUGUCGAAGUGUCCCACGACUGGGUGUUGAAGGGAUAAGAGCAUUUGGGAUUGACAAAUUGAUUCAAACAGCAGCAUCCCAGCUCAGUGACCAGCUUCCCGAGUCGAGGGAAGCUGCUCGAAUUCUCCUUCUGGAGUUGCAAUCUGUGUACACAAAGUUUCCCGACCUCCCAACAACGAUGCCCGAAGACCCAGAGAAGGUCUCUUGGGAAGACUUUUGUCAAUCAAAGCUCUCCCCUUUAAGUGCACAAGCUGUUCUUCGUGUCACGAACGUUUCUCGGGAAGGUAUUGUCUCGAAUUCUUGAUGCUUAGUAAUGAUGAUAAUAUCGAAACUUCAAUGUGUGUACCCCCCCUUGUUCUUGAAUCUCUAGCCAUGUGAGGAGCUUUAGAACGGCUAGCGUAUAGUCCAUGAUAGCUAUUAUUCUUUCCCUUUCUUUUGGUUUGCCUUGUCAUGUAAAUUCUUUCAAAACUUUUGAGGUACUCAGAAUACGGUUGAAGUGUGUAGCUUUUGCUAUUUUUUUGGCCUAUACCUUAUAGUUACUUCAAUAUUCUUUCAGAUCCACUUGAAACUCGACAUUUUUGGUGUGAAUAUUAUCAAUACAAAACUUGAUAUCAGUUCAUUGUUUUGA